AUGUUUAUAUUCAAUAUUCUUUUACUUCUUAUUACAAAUAGUUACUGUAUUGAUGAAUUACCUGGUAUUAAUGAUAUAUCAUCUGGUUAUGAUGCAGCUAAAAUGCUUUCUGCAAGUGAACAAAAUUCAAAGUAUCGUAUUUUUGAUUUAACCGAACAAAGUACAACUCCAUUCAAAACCAAAAUACUUGAACAGGAUCGAACUUUUACAACACCAAAAAACGUUCAAGUAACUGAUGUUAGUGUUCGAAAAGUAGACGCUUGUGAAACAAUUGCUUAUACAUUUGAAUCAUUUUUUCAUAGGUAAACUAUUUUAUUAAUAGAUUUUAAUGUUUUUGUAAAACAUAAUCUAAAAGAAUGUUGAAGUACAUAGGUUGAAAUAUGGUUUUAUGCUUUUUAAGACAUGUACUAGUGAAAAAUGCGAUAUUAUUUCCUAGUAAUAUCAACGUAUUCACGAUAGAAAAUGUUGAAGUGAUCAUUACUCAUAUACCUUUAGCACAUAUAAGUCGCGAAAGUAUGACAUAUCGUGUACGUCUUACACAAUGAUCUUUGUGUCUGUUUCAGUUGCGAUUCCAACACCAAAAAUGGUUCUGGUACAAGGGGAAAAAAGCGUAUUUCUAAGUAUUUCUCUAUUUCAGAAAUACCUAGAAAUACCUGGAAAUACUUAGAAAUACCUGAAAAGUUACAGGUAUUUCUAGGUAUUUCCAGGUAUUUCUAAGUAUUUCCAGGUAUUUCCAGGUAUUUCUAAGUAUUUCUAGGUAUUUCUAACUAUUGCUAGGUUUUUCUAGGUACUUCUAGGUAUUUCUAGGUAUUUCUACGUACUUCUAGGUAUUUCUACGUAGUAUGGAUAAAAAUACCUGGAAAUACCUAGAAAUACUUAGCAAUACAUGGAAAUACAUAGAAAUACAUAGAAAUACGGAAAUACAGAAAUA